GAGAGGACCACCGGUCGUCAUGACGGAGUUGCAAGAUCUCUCGAAGCCGAUCAUCGAUCCGAUCCUGCUCAUCACUGAGGGAACCGCUUCCCUACCGUCCUGUGCGUCGGAUGUAGCCCCUCUCGAUAGCCUCUUGGAAUUCGAUAGCUUGAGCACGGUCGAUGUGUACGCAAAACUCGAUGACCGCGCUCGUCAAAAAAUCGCUGACGUGCGAUUGGCCGAGGAACUCAAUGGGGGAAUCCGGAACGAAGACGGGUCCAUGAGCGCUCGCAAGAAGCAGCACACCGUUCUCACCAAAAUCAGCGAUCAAUGGACCCGCGGGCCGAUUUCGAUACUGCACAAGGCACUUACAAACAAACUGAGAGUCAAGGUCUGGGUGCGAAGCCACUCUACUGUACGAAGCAUACUGACGGGCUUCGUUGCCGCAUUCGAUAAGCAUCUGAACCUUGCACUCGUCGAUGUUGACGAGGCCAUCUGUCUGAGUAAGGACGGCAUUAAGUCGAGCACUCUGACUCCUGAGGAAGAUCUCAAAGAUCUACGGCCAGUUCACAACGAGCAGGACUAUUUGCUCUUUGCCAACGCUCAUGAGCACCGCGACCACGCACGCGACCCCAUCGACGACGGAACGGAAUACGAACGUGCCAAAGAAAUCGUGGCGUCCGUCGGAACUAGCGAAGAACAACGCGAUGACGGCGGAACUCAUGUCGAACCCGCGGCAGCCGCCGAAAAGACCGCUAAUGACUCAGAAAAAAUCUAUAACAACAAUGACGUUAGUCAUGAUCAUCCGCGUAGCGAAAAUGACGUCGGGACGUCAACGCCUGGAGCAGAAGAAAUUCAAGCCGUGAAGAAGAAGUCGAAAGCAGCAGAUAGGCAGGAGACGGCGAUACCAACCGGAAGCGACCUGACCAAGGAGACAAUACAGAAAGAACGGAAUUCUGCAGCGCAUCAACGGGAAAAAAACUCUGGCGAUGAAUUGCUGAAGAAGACGGAGUCUCUGAACAUCGUCGAACCGCCCGAAGCUGCGGAGGGACCGAAGAAGAGAACGAAGAUGAAAUCGAAACGAUCCAAGCACAGGGGAGAUCCUCCGACGUUUUCGCAGAGAUUCAUACCGCAGCUAUUUGUCCGAGGCGAGCAGGUGGUUAUGAUCGCGUUCGCCGACAUCUAG